AUGGAUGAUGGAAUUAUAUCAGAAUGUAGAGAAAUAAUGGAAGAAGAGUCUAUAAUAGUGCCUUCAGAAGAUUUGAAUGCACAAACAAAGCUAAAUCCCAAACAAGAGCAAGUAUUCAAGAUUAUAUUGCAAAUGUUAGAAUCUGGCCAAUCGGGAUUAUUCUUUAUUGAUGGACCUGGAGGAACGGGAAAAAUGUUCCUAUAUCAUGCAUUACUUGCAAAUAUCAGAUCUAGGGACAUGAUAGAAUUAGCGACAGCAACAAGUGGUGUAGCAUCGGCUCUUUUAUCAGAAGGUCGUACGGCUCAUUCUAGAUUUGAGAUACCGCUUCAGACAACUGAUACAACAGUCACACGCAUGUCAAAGCAGAGUGGUGGAGCUAAAUUGAUAAAAAAAGCUAAGCUGAUUAUCUGGGACGAGGCACCUAUGGCUAGCCGUUGGACAAUUGAAAUAGUUGAUAGGAGCUUCAGAGAUAUACUGGACGUUGACGCACCCUUUAGUGGGAAAAUAAUGAUUUUCGAAGGUGAUUUUCAUCAGGUAUUACCAGUAAUUCCAAAAUCUACAAGGGCUAAAAUGGUAAAUACAGGUUUGGUAAAGUUGUACUUGUGGCAUCCGAUGAAAAAGAUUAAGUUAACAAGAAAUAUGAGGGCGAGAACAAAUUCAUCAUUUAGUGAACUCUUACUACGCAUAGGUAACGGGGAGGAGUCUACGAUAAGAGAUGAUUUGGUACUACUUCCAAAACAAUUAGUUAUUGAAACUAAGAGUGAUGGUACUGGAACAGAUGCUUUAAUAGAGCAAAUAUUUCCAAAGCUGGAUAAAAAUGCUGAUUCUGCAAAAUACAUGACUGAACGUGCUAUCCUAGCUAGCAGAAAUAAAUAUGUUGAUUAG